GUUCACCGAACAAUAUUAUCACCAUUCAUUGAACAGUAAUCCCGUCCAUCACCUAUUCACAUCUCAACUUGUCUUCCCGUCUUCCCUUCACCCGUGCUUUCUCAUGGGAUUCAUACUUCGCCUCACUGCCCCCUCUCGAAUCUCGAUUUGUUAGUCAUCUCCCCCACAUCAAUUUCCAUACUAUCAAUCUCAACUGCUUCCAUCCUCUCCUCCAUCGUCUUCGCCAAGUGACAGACAUGAACGACUUCACCUUUUCAUCUCAUUUCGUUUGACAUUCUCCACCUGUUUCCCCUUCUUACACAAGAGAAGCCCACCUAUUGCCAUAGAACAUCACGAAACAUUACAGUGAGAUGUAAUUAAGAGAUUCGUCAAGCCUCACAGUGGUAUGCUUUAAUUUUUAACAUUUCACAUAAACGAUCGUUAUUUCACACCCAUCUGGUAUAGUUGAACAUCUCCAAGUUUAGUUUCUUUGUAUUUCUUUCUUGAAUUAUUUAAUUUUUGCAUUUCACUUUAAAGUUUUGAGAUUGAAUUUGGAUCAAUACUUUGUUUGGAAUGCGUUUGCUAAAAGUCCUCAAUGACAUUUCUUACUUGUCUGCUCUUUGUGUUAAAAAAUGUCCACUUUUAAUAUGGGGUAGGAUAUUAUGUACGAUGACUACUAAAAAUGUUACUUAUGGAGUAUGUCUAAAUGGCUCAUUUUCAAAGUAGAAGGAUGCAAGGUGGAUUUACUAGUUUUAGCUUUGACUAAAUUGGGUCGUUGUGAUACAUCUCAAUCCUAAGUUAGCAAGCUAAUCCUAAACUUGAAAGUCAGAUGAAUGAACCACCAGGAGCUCGUAUGAGAGUUGGUUUGACUGCCCUAACUAUGGCGGAAUAUUUCCGAGAUGUUAAUGGGCAAGAUGUACUUCUAUUUAUUGACAAUAUAUUUCGUUUCAUCCAAGCGGGAUCAGAAGUAUCCGCCUUACUGGGCAGAAUGCCUUCUGCUGUAGGUUAUCAACCGACCUUGAGUACAGGAAUGGGUUCUUUACAAGAAAGAAUUACUUCCACCAAAGAGGGUUCCAUAACCUCGAUCCAAGCAGUUUAUGUACCUUCAGAUGAUUUGACUGAUCCUGCUCCUGCUACGACAUUUGCGCAUUUAGAUGCAACUACCGUACUCUCAAGAGGUUUAGCUGCUAAAGGUAUCUAUCCAGCAGUUGAUGCUUUGGAUUCAACGUCAAUGAUGCUGCAACCUCGGAUCAUUGGUGAGGAACAUUAUGGAACUGCGCAAAGAGUCAAGCAAACAUUACAACGUUAUAAAGAACUUCAGGACAUUAUAGCUAUCCUUGGGCUCGACGAAUUAUCCGAAGAAGAUCGUUUAAACGUGGCAAGAGCACGAAACAUUGAGCGUUUCUUAUCACAACCUUUUUUCGUAGCAGAAAUAUUUACAGGUUCUCCAGGUGUAUGCUCUCUUACUGUUCUUAGCACUGUGGCUCAUAAUAAACAUAAUGAGAGUUGAAGUUGGGCACUCGCAAAUUAACAUGCUUUGCUCAGGGAGCAGAACAGGGCGAAGGAUCUUGAGUUAUUUGCACAACAUGAUGGCCCAAGUUAUUUCCAUCAUUUGCAAUGGAGCCAAAGAUUCAUUAUUUUUUGGCUUGAGAUUAUGAUGGAAUAUAGCAAAAUGGCUCACUAAACUGUCUGCGCUUCUUUGUUAUGGAGCAACAGUCAGUCAAUGCAAUUUUGGACGCGAUUUUCACUAUGGGUCAUCCGAAAACAAUCUCUUUGUGCUUUAGUACAGGGCUAAGACUGCGUACAUCCGACCCCCUCUUACCCCACCGUAGGUGGGAGCCUUUGCGGCACUGGGGUAAAUGAAAAUGAUGAAAAUGAUGAAAAUGAUGAUGGCUCGAGUCAGUUAUAUGGAAGAUACCAUACUUUCAAGUGAGUGGAUGAUGCUGCUUGCUUGAGUUUUACCCUAUAAUUUUAAAAUUCACAAAAUGAGAGUGGAUUAAUCCUGUAAUUGUAUCAUUAUUACUCAGUAUUAUCAUUAACUCAAUACUUCUCUAUUAUUAACACACAUGACCGCAAUAUUUCAGUUUUCCUUUCACAGCACAUCGAAACAAGCACCUUGCUGCCACAUUGAGAUAUCUCUGUGAUGAUUUGCAAGCGAAAGAACCCCAAACUUGGAGGAAGUGUAGGAAAAGAACAAAAUAGCUAGAUAAGAUUGCUACAAAUGAACUAACUCUUUGCUGGAUGGAUAUUGUGUAGCACAUCUGGUCUCUUAGGUUCACUAAGUAAACCCGUGUUCCACAAAUCCACUUCAUGCAUUGUAUUAUUCCUUGAAAGGUGUUUUAUUUAUCAAAGCCCGAAGUAGGUGUAUAUUUUUUCAAACAAAAUUGUUACA